GUUGGGUCCUUCCUUAUUCUGUCCUCUUCUCCUAUCUAUCGGAGUGAAGUGCUUGAUGCUCUCUCCUCCUUCGCUGGCUCUCUCGAGCCUUUUAAUUUCAGAAGUCUCAAUUUUUCUGUAUAAAUUUUGAUUUGCUAUCAAAAACCUAUUCGUUCCACCCAGCAAUAAACAAAAGUAAUCAGAUUAACGUUUCUUCGUUUUUCAUGGCAAACCGUUUCUGUCUUCUGCCCAAGUUAGAUUCUAUUCACUAACCUCGAUAAAGAAACUAGGUUAGCUCUAGUAAACUCGAAUUAAUGCAGUUUUUUUUAAUGCUAUUUCAUUGUAUUUCCAUUGUUUGCGAUUGGAUCCAAUUGGAAUCAAGUUUUUGAGAGUUGUGUUAGAGCUUAUGUUUGGAAUUUCUGAGAAGGUGGGGACUAUUGAUAAGGCUUUCUGAUUGUCAUUUGGAAAUGGUUCUGCAUAUGCUUGUAUUUGAUUAUUGCUUUCGAAUAAAGUCUUCAAAUUCUUACUGUUUGGUGUCUAUAAUUAUGAUUAUUUUGUUAAAGGAAUUGGUUGGAAAUAGUUGGAGUAAAGAUCAUGAGAUGGGUAUUUUAAUGGAUUUGUAAAGUUAAAUCGUUUGGUGUUCUUAUAAAGAGAAGCCGAUGGUUUGACGAAAUCCUUUAUUCGUAUGAUUUUUAUUUGCUCCAUUAAGUUAAUAUCAACUAGAAGCUCCAGCUUAAAGUUGCUUCAGUUAAUGCGUUUCCGUCUUUUUCAAAUGCAACCUUUUCCGUUCCUUUUGCCUUUCCUUUUCUAGGAUGAGAGGUAAAGUUGGUGCAUAAAUAAAAUUAUAGAGUAUUUAGAUACAAUUUGUAAUAAGUUUAUGCUUCUUCCUGAGAACUGAUGGGAAGAAAAAUUGAAAAUUUUGUAAUCUUGCAAUUAAAGAUUGCCUUCAUGUCAUGCUCAAUCUAGAGGAAUUCAUUUCCAUAAUUGAACGCGGUAAAAUCCUUUAAUUUUAUUUGUCAUUUUUUGUGCAAUCAAACCUAGGUGGCAAUGUUACGAGCUAGCUUGCUUGUCCCAUAGGUAAAACUAUAUUUGAAUUGUAAUUUUGUUUUACAGGAAUGCUCUCAUAGUCAUGUUCCGUUGCAGUUGAAUCUUACACUCAUUGGUGUAUCUGUAAUGCGACCAACUGAUGAGAACAAGAAGAGGAAGGUGAAGCAUUCAAGAUUGCUGUCUCCCAAAAUGCCAGUGACAGAUUUGACUGAUGUGCAAAAUUUUGAUGACAGUGUCUUUUUCCCCAUUGAAGAGAUAGUACAAUACCCAUUGCCUGGCUGUGUGGUUCCAUCUUCAAUAAGUUUCAGUCCUGAUGACAAUUUUAUUGCUUAUCUGUUUAGUCCUGAUCAAACGUUGAAUAGGAAGGUUUUUGUUGUUGAUCUAAAGACAUCUGAGCAAGAUCUGAUAUUCAGUCCUCCUGAUGGGGGGCUUGAUGAGAGUAAUAUAUCCUCAGAAGAGAAGUUAAGAAGGGAGAGGUUGAGGGAGCUUGGGUUUGGAGUGACACAGUAUGAAUGGGUGAAGACAACAAACUCCAAAAAGAAGGCAAUUAUAGUCCCCUUGCCUGCUUGGGAAACAAAGCUGAAGCUCCCGGGUAUACCAGGUUUACCAAUUAUUGAUCCACAUCUAUCCCCUGAUGGGUCAAUGCUUGCUUAUGUAAGAGAUUCUGAGUUGCGUGUUUUGGAUAUGUUUAAUAAUGAACUCAAGCAGUUGACACAUGGUGCCAAAGCAAAUGGCUUGUCUCAUGGCCUUGCUGAAUAUAUUGCUCAGGAGGAGAUGGAUAGAAAAACUGGAUAUUGGUGGUCACCAGAUAGUAAAUAUAUUGCUUUCACUGAAGUUGAUUAUUCUGGAAUACCACUUUUUAGAAUUAUGCAUGAAGGUAAAAGCUCAGUUGGCUUCGAGGCACAGGAAGACCAUCCUUAUCCUUUUGCUGGAGCUUCAAAUGCAAAAGUUCGCCUUGGGGUGGUUUCAAUAGCUGGAGGUUCUACUACUUGGAUGGAUCUUCUAUGUGGGGGAAUGGAUCACCAUAACAAUGAGGAAGAAUACUUGGCAAGAGUCAAUUGGAUGUAUGGAAACAUUCUUACGGCUCAGGUGUUGAACAGGCACCACACCAGAAUUAAGAUCCUAAAAUUUGAUAUUAGAAAUGGUCAAAGGAAAACUCUAUUAGUAGAAGAAGACAACACAUGGAUCAAUUUACAUGACUGUUUCACACCUCUUGAUAAAGGAGUUACUAAGUUUUCUGUGGGAUUUAUCUGGGCUAGUGAGAAAACAGGAUUCAGGCAUCUUUAUCUUCAUGAUGUAAAUGGGACUUGUUUGGGACCGAUCACUGAAGGUGAAUGGAUGGUUGACCAAAUUGCUGGAGUGAACGAGGCUACAGGUCUAAUAUAUUUCACCGGGACCUUAGACGGGCCAAUGGAAUCCAACUUAUAUUGUGCUAAAUUGUUCAGGGAUGGAGGUCAACCACUGCAGGCCCCUGUAAGACUUACCCCAAGCAAGGGGAAACACAUGGUAGUUCUUGAUCAUCAUUUGCAAAGGUUUAUUGAUAUCCAUGAGACCCUUGAUUGUCCUCCUAGGGUGUUACUUUGCUCAUUAAAAGAUGGAAGUAUGAUCAAGCCUUUGUUUGAGCGGCAAUUUACAAUUCCAAGAUUUAAAAAGCUUGAGACACCAGAGAUAGUUGAAAUACAGGCUAAAGGUGGUACCCUUUUGUUUGGGGUUCUAUAUAAGCCUGAUGUAUCAAGAUUUGGGCCUCCGCCUUACAAAACCAUGAUCAAUAUCUAUGGUGGUCCAAGUGUACAACUUGUUUGUAAUUCUUGGGUUCAUACAAUUGACAUGAGAGCACAGUAUUUGCGAAAUCAAGGCAUCUUAGUUUGGAAGGUAGAUAAUAGAGGGACUGCUAGAAGGGGGCUGGAGUUUGAAAGUCAUGCAAAACACAAUCUUGGUCAAACUGACGCUGAUGAUCAGGUUACUGGAGCUGAAUGGCUCAUCAAACAAGGGCUCGCUAAAGUUGGCCACAUCGGGUUAUAUGGUUGGAGCUAUGGUGGAUAUCUAUCUGCUAUGACCCUUGCAAGAUAUCCAGAUAUAUUCAAGUGUGCUGUGGCUGGUGCCCCUGUUACGUCAUGGGAUGGUCAUGACACAUUCUACACAGAGAAGUUCAUGGGAUUGCCAUCUGAGAACGGAUCUGCCUAUGAAAGCAGUUCUGUGAUGCACCAUGUGCACAAUAUGAAAGGACGCUUUCUGCUUGUGCAUGGAAUGAUUGAUGAGAAUGUCCAUUUUAGGCACCCUGCAAGGCUUGUCAAUGCCCUUGUGGCUGCUCGAAAACAAUAUGAGCUAUUAAUUUUCCCAGAUGAGCGUCACAUGCCACGAUGGCAUAGAGAUCGACUAUAUAUGGAAGAAAGGAUCUGGGACUUUAUUCAUAGGAAUCUGCAAGAUAACUUUUCUGUAUUUCUGCAUUGUUGUUUAAUGUUGGUGGGGAAGCAUAGAUUAUGUUGGUUCUAUUUUAGAUGGAAAAAAGUUAUGGUUUUUGAAGUUUUUAUAGGCAAGAGUUGGGCUUGUACUUUCUUUUGCCUGGUAAACUGCCUGGUUUGUUUCGAUAGUCAACAACUAGCAAAGCAAGAUUGAAACAGUCAAAUCAUCCUCCAAAACCAAGCAAUCCUGAAGAAAUUCUUAUCUAAGUGACAGCAAAAGUGUUCCGGAGGAAAUACUAUUGCUGAUGGAUCUGUUCCCUUUCUUAAACCCCAAUAUCAUCGGGGGUGGUAGAGCCAAGAUCUCGAGCCGGGAUAGUGGCAGAGCUAGGAUCCUCAAUAUUAAACUUCUUAUACUAAAUGUGCUUGAGGGUACCUUAUUUCACCAAAAUAGUUUUGGUUAUUUGGUUAGAUACACCUUAAACUUUAUAUAUUUUUAAUCUAUCUUUUAUCUUCUAGAGAUGA